GAGGCAGGGCUGGACCAAAACCCAACCCCGCCUCUACUUCAAGCUUCGAGCCUGCUCAGAAUCUGAACACGCCUUUUCUUCUUCUUUUAAAAACAUGCUGAGAUCUCUCUUCCAAUUUAUGUCAAAAUUCAAAUAGUUGUGCGCACGAGAUUUCAGGAGAAUGGAGUUGACUUUGGCUUUUACAGUAAUUUGCGUCGUUCUACCAUCAUACACAUCGAGUUCUUAUUUGAGCAAUAAUUUUGUUUUGGAGCCCUGUGAUUUCCUUUUUGACACGGCGGUGGAAGCCUAUUAUAAGGGAGACUGGCUCACGGUGAUCCUGAACAUGGAAAAGGCUCUGCGGAACAGAGCUACAGUCCGCCGGGUAAAGGCAGACUGCCGACUCAGAUGCGCCAACCAGACCGCUUUCGAGGACCUCACGGCAGGCUUAGGAACUUCCAUUCCCGAGGCUGAAUCUGUGGAGGACCUGGCUUUCUUCUGGAAAAUUUUGAAACGAGCGGACUGUGUGAAAUCUUGCGAAACGGAGAAACUUGGUCAGCCAACUUUGCAUCAAGUCGGUGAAGAGGUGGAGUUGGAGUUUAAGAGAAGGACCCCUUACAAUUACUUGCAAGUCGCAUAUUUCAAGAUCAAUAAACUGGAUAAGGCAGUGGCAGCAGCCAACACAUUUUUUCAAGCAAAUCAAGAUCACGCGGAGAUGAGACAGAACCUGGACUACUACGGCACAAUGUCAGGAGUGCGGGAAGAGGACUUCAAAGAUCUUGAAGCCAGACCUCACAUGGCAAAGUUCUUGAUGGCGAAGAGUUAUUACAGUGACAACUCCUUCAGUCUGGCGGCCAACCUAUUUGAGGUGGCAGUAAAUGAGUACCUCACUGCUAACGAAGAGUGCAGGGCACUUUGUGAGGGAAGCUACAACUAUGACGGCUACAAUUACAUGGAGUACAACGCCGACCUCUAUCAGACAAUGACAGACCACUACAUUCAGGUCCUGAACUGUCAGCAGCGAUGUUCCACGGAGCUGGCUCUUGCUGCUGGAAGUGACAAGCCCUUGGAGGAUUUCCUUCCCUCACACUUUAACUACCUGCAGUUUUCCUACUAUAACAGUGAAAACUAUGAGAUGGCCAUCGAGUGUGCAAAGACUUACUUGCUCUUCCACCCUGACGAUGAAGUGAUGAAACAGAAUCUUGCUUAUUAUUCAACCAUGUUGGGAUUGGACAAGGCAGAGUUUAUACCAGCCAGACGGCCUGUGAAGCAGUUCAUUCAGCGUUCCCUGCUCGAGAAAGAACUGCUGUACUACGGAUAUGAAGCAUUUGGGGUAACAUUUAUUGAUCCUGAUACAUGGACUCCAGAAGAUAUCAUGCCGAGAAAACUGAGAGACAAACAGAAGGCUGACAGAGAGACAGCAGCAAGGAUUACUGAGGAAAUAGGAAACCUGAUGAAAGAGAUUGAAACUCUCGUGGAAGAGAAGAAGAAGGACUCGACAGAUUUGACAAACAUGGUCGUAACGCCAGAAGGUGGAAGUCAAUUUUAUGACAACAUUAAAGUGGCCUUGACAUCCAUGCAGUUGAAUGGCUCUCAACGGGUCUUGCUCGACGGGGUCAUCACCAAUGAUGAGUGCACGGAGUUGCGGCAUCUUUCUAACGCAGCUGCCCUUGGAGGUGAUGGCUUCCGGGGACAUCCUUCUCCCCAUUCUACGAAGGAAAUGUUUCAGGGAGUCACAAUUCUUAAGGCUCUGAAGCUGGCACAAGAAGGAAAGGUUUCACUGAAGGCUGUCCGUCUUUUCUUUGAUGUCAGCGAGAAGGUGAAGAAGGUUUUGGAGUCAUACUUUAGCUUGAGUUCCCCGCUCUACUUCUCCUAUUCACAUCUGGUGUGUCGAUCCGCUAUUGAGGGGAAGCAAGAAACACGAAGUGAUCUGAGUCACUCCGUUCAUGUUGACAACUGUCUGCUCGUUUCGGAGCUCAAUGAGUGUUUUAAGGAACCGCCUGCAUACACACAUCGAGAUUUCAGUGCAAUACUUUACCUGAAUGAUGACUUUGAAGGAGGAGAUUUUAUUUUCACUGAAUUAGAUGCCAAAGUAGUCACGGCAGUGGUGCGUCCACAGUGUGGCCGUGUGGUUGGAUUUGGAGCAGGAAAGGAAAACCCACAUGGUGUGAGAGCUGUCACAAAGGGACAGAGGUGUGCUGUUGCACUUUGGUUCACCUUGGAUCCAGCGCAUGAGGAAAAGGAAAGAAUCCAAGCUCAGAGUAUGUUGGAGAUGUUCUCCACGUCUUUGAUGCCAGGAUUCGACUCAAAAGAGGCAUUGGGCAGUUCAGAUCACAAUCCCGUGGUGACAGAACGAACCAGCGAGACUGACGAGGCAAAAGUAAGUCAAGGAGAGGCUCCAGAUGUUGAGCAAGUUAACAGCAUACAAACUGAAAAAACAUCUGAGGUCAAGGAAGAUGGAAGUCAACCUUUUAACGUAGGUAGAGAACAAACACUCAAAACAAAAGUUGAACAGCUGGACAAAAAGAGUUCCAAAGAUGAUGUCAAAAUGGAUCACCAAACGCUUUCCAUGUCAGACUCUCACAAUGACAAGGAUGAGUUGUAAUUGAAUUUUACAAACAUUUUUUGUCCUCAGUGAAAAUAAAGUGAUUUGUUUGAAAAAUG